AUGGAGUUCAACGUCCCUUCGUCAUCCUCGUCCGACGACGAUACAACUUCAUCUAGUUCUUUUGAAUUUGAAGAAGCCAUCAACGAGGUGGUAAUGACAACGAUCAAUUUAAUGGUUCAAGUUGCUAGUGAGGACAAUGAAACGGAUAACCAACCGAUUAGAAGAAGAACUCAGAUUAUGCGGGAUCGUGCCGCAGGACAACAACGGCUGAUGCAAGACUAUUUCGGGGAGGAGCCGGUAUAUGACGCGAAGAUAUUUAGACGUCGGUUUCGCAUGAGUAAACGUCUAUUUACCCGUAUUACAAACGACAUGGGGGAAGAUUAUGAUUAUUUCAAACAAAAGUACGACGCUCGUGGGUAUCUUGGCUUUACUCCAUUACAAAAGUGUACUGCGGCCAUCCGACAACUUGCAUAUGGCACAAGCGUUAAUUCAUUUGACAAGUACCUGAGAAUGUCUGCCAUGACUGCGUGA